AUGUUGUUCUGCAGCCGUUGUCUGAUCAGCAGGCCUUGUGCGUUCGCCGACAACCAUACCUUCAGCUGCAUCCAUUCGGUAAACUGCCUGUCAGUCCAUGGCACAGUUGAGAUUGACGGGGAUGCCACAGUGCAAGCUCUUCAGUUUUUCGGGAACAGCGGUGGCUACUGCUUGGGACAGCCUGUGCCAAUUGACUACGACCGUUUUCUGAGCGACGGGGAAUCGCUGCAGUGGAUGGGAACAUGCAUCCCGGAGCAGGAAGUGACGCAGUUCGAGUUCUGGGUUUGCACAUGCGCCGUGGACAACCCGGACACGCUGCUGAGGCCCUGUGAUUUGGAUUCGAUUCCGAUCGCUCGGAGCCAGGCGCUCUUCGUCAAGGAGUGCGAGGCAAUGAGUUCAAAUCCUGGAAGCUGCGCUCAGGAGUUUGCCGAUCUCGGGGAGUUCCAGGAGAGACCCGGGAACAGCUACUACGGACGGUUCUUUGUGCCCACGCAGGCCAACUGCGAGCUCUAUCGCGGUGUCAGAAACCGAUGGCAGAACGGCAGCGAUAACAGCGCCACCCCAGCCAGCAGCGCAGGAUUUUCAGUGUGCCCCUCAGUUCCAGAUGUGGCCAGAGACCUCAUCAUUUCCUUGCUGGUGUCGGAGCCCGGCGGCGAUCCGAGCGGAGUGGAGCUCUACGCCCUCCGCGACUUCCAGGACGAGACAGUGAGAAUCGUGAAGAACUUCGGGGCUUCCUUCGAGCUCAGCUUUAACUCUGUCACGAAGGGGAGCUUCUUCACGGUGGGCUUCGGGAAUGGGACCGCCUUUGAGGAGUUCUUCGGCUUUCAGCCCGACUUCUUGGCUCCUUUCUCCUUCGCCAUCGGCCGAGACAUCCUCCAAGUCCAGGGCGCGGGCUUCGGCGCGGAAAUCUGGCGGCCCGUGGACGCCAACAACACCGCUCUCUUUCAGGCCAACCAGGGCUUCGCGGCCCGCAAAGCCGAAGCCCCCCAGCCGUAUGCGCCGGGCUUCCAGCAAUGGAGCCUUGCUCGAAGCGUCGGCAGCACGGUGGCCGCCCCCUGGCGAAGCUUCUGCGGAACGCCGGCGCCAGAGAUCCCAUGCCCUGCAGUGCCCGACGGGACCGUGCCGGGCCUGAUCUUCUCUCUCGUCGUGUCAGACGCGACUGGCGCGGUCGCCCUUGAGCUCUUUGCCAUGGUCGAGCUCCGCAAUUACAGGCCCGCAGUCUUGGUGACAAACCCUGCGGGGUCAAUCAUUUCGACUGGUUUUUUGGGAGCCACGAGGAGCAUACCUCAAGGCACUUCCAUCACCGUUGCCUUCAACACUUCUGACUCGCUCCAACUCAUCCCAGGGCUGAAGCCCGAUUUUCAGGUGGACUUCGACUUCAAUCCCGCGAUUGGCAUUGGCGACUCUUUGCUCCUCCUCGAUUUUGUUUCCGGCGAAUACACGGACGCCUGGGUCUGGAGUUUCCAAGGCUUUGCAUCGCGCCGGCCCGGACUCUUGCCGCUUAGUGCAGCCGCAGUCUUACUCGGGACUGCCGACGGCAGUGGACAGUAUUUUGUUUCCAGCAGUUUGGCCUCCGUUCCCUGGGGCGCCUACUGCGUGACUCCACCUAUUUCCGCUUGUCCCCCGGCACCAAGCGGCGAGCUGCUGAAGUUUUUCUUCAGGGCCAACGAGAACGUGCCCGUGCCAGGCCUCAUCUUCUCCCUGGUGGUCUUCGGCCCGGGCUUCGCCGCGGUGGAGCUCACGGCUCUGCGGGAUCUGCCAGCUGCUCUCCGGGAUCCAAGCCGCCCGCUCUUCGUUGUCGUUGCCAACGACGGCGUAGUCUGCAACACCUGCGUUGAGACCUUUCCGGCAGAUUUAAGACCCAUGACAGCGGGCGACAGGGUGUGGAUCGUCUUUGCUCAGAACCCGAAUCCCACUUCUCUUAUCGACUUGGGAUCUCCAAAGUUCCCUCCGCAUCUUCUGAACUUGACGUUCCAGGGCAAGAGAGGCGAGGAGCUGUACCUGUUCUACGAAACCGUCAUUUGGGACAGGUGGUGCUUGAUCAAAACUCUGGCGUGGGUUUGUCCCAGCGGGUUUUCGGCUCAAAGCUGCAACUCUCCGCGACCGCAACUCUUCCUAGCCAUGCGGUGGAUCGCGCUCCUGUUGCUGCUUCCGGGCUCCAUGGGAGACCCAGCCUUGUCCGGCAUCACGGCCCCGGCCAGAACGGCCCCGACCAGAACCCCUGAGGAGAUCCAGAGCCUGAAAGCCUCCCUCCACGACUCCGUCAAGGCCGCCAUCGAGGCAAAGAAGGCCCAGGAGGUCCAGGCUCAGUCCCUGCACAGAGGGCCACUCGGGUCGCAACCCCUGCCGGCACACAACCGCGACUCGCCCUCGCCAGCCUCGCCAACCAGUGCCACGGACGAAGACAAACUGAUCGCACAAGUGCGUGAGUUGCAGCGUACGGGCCGUGUCGGUCAGGCUGUAGAGCUCAAUUGA